CGUACAACCCUCCGCCAGGCGAACAACAUCUACCACCGAUGAACCCCUCCUCUUUUUGAUCCCUAUUUCAGUUUUCGCAUGUUUCAAGCUCUCGCAAACCUCAGCGAACGCGCGCUGAGUCUCGUGAAGCCCGAGAGUCCGCUGCCCGUGCAUCCUCACCACAACAACGCGGAUCCGAAAGUCGGCGACAUACUGGGCGACGACUCGCGACAUGAUAUGGUGAUUGGUUUGGGGGAGCAUUUGAUGAUGGGCACUCCGAUACCGCAUGAGCAGCUUGGUGAAGAAGUUCACGAACAACCACGACCAACGAAUAAGCGCAAGCUCGACGCGCACGCCAAUGAGAAAGUCACUUCAAACAGUACGUCGUCGGAACACAUUAAUAACACAGCCCUCGUUAUCAAAGCCAUCGCGCCCGUCGGGGCCCAUGUGACGCCAUCCAUCCCUUCACGACAGGUGCCGAAGUCAGAUAGAAGUUUACGAACGCGUGUGAGCGGAAGACUGAGUUUCGUAUUCAAUGCGCACCCAGUCGAUGCGGCCCUUACCUCUACAGAGCCUGACGCAGAGGAUUCUCGAUCGCUCGUUGCAAAAGAAUCUUCGAAACUUGGCUAUACGGACAAGAUCAUUGUAAUACACUCAACUACGUCGGACGAUGUGACGUCGACAGCACCGGCAGUGGCGAAGCCUGCCAGACCUACGAUCGAAGUCCCUCUAUUCAGGAUCAUCGACGACACCUCAACAACGUCUAAACCGCCUCCGGAACCGGGGAAGUCUCCAGCACGUCCACUCCUACGUUCAGCAUCUACUUCUCCCCGCGCAGUUCGAAAAGCGCCUCCUUCAUUGUCGCAGGCAGUCGUCGCACCAGAAGACGACCCCUUGGGUGACGAUAUCUACCACAAAGCACACCAGAAGCCUUUCCGUUCCGAACGUCAUUUGUUGAUCAAAGAAAGAGAGCGUAUCGCUUAUGAGAAGCUUCAACUCGAACGUGAGUUCGAGAUCUUGCAGGGCCUGGACUGGAUGCGUGUCGUAGGACCAAUCCUACACAAACGAAGACCAGAUCACAAGUUUACUCAUGCCGAAUAUGAAACGGAGCGGACACGACUCAUCGAAGAGACUAGGAGCGUGUUGGAGAAGUAUCGGAUCUGGAAAGCGGAGGAGGCUAGGAAGAAGAAGGGUCCUCUCAGAGCGGGUACAGCUAUUGUCCGGCAGAAGAGUGCUACGCCAACACCCAGUGUACACGAAGAGGCUAUUGUUCGUAAGAAGAAGUUUAGGGUUGAGCGGACAGAUCCGAAUUGGCCAGGAUGGAAGAGGAUUAGGAUUAUCUUCAAGGGCAUGCGUCCUCCAACACCGACAUCCUUGCUCGCGGCAGUUGAAGCAAGCAAAUUGCGGGGCAAGAAUGCUAGGAAGAGCGGAAGGGUUGUUACAGCAUGGGGAGAGCCAUUACCUAGGAUCGCGAUAGCAGAUAGGGACUUCACGUUGCCAUAUUGGUUAUAGCGAAAUGAACUAUCUUACAGGAAUACAAGCAAAAUUACCACUCUAUUAU